GUUUGACAACAAAUCUCAGGGAUGUCUGGGAUCAGUAUGCUCGCCAAAGAAACCUCACAAUCACAAGCCCUUCUAAGUGCAACUAUGUUGGCAAAAUCGGUUGGCGAGACAGGCUAUAAAAAAGAAGAAGAAGAAGAAGAAGAAGCAAAAUUGGAUAGAAGGAUGAAAUCCCAAAAAGAUUUUCGCCAAUUGAUGUUGUAUUGCUUCCAGCAAGGUUUCACAGCUUCGCAAACUAUGAUUGAGCUAUACUCUGUCUUUGGAAAAACCUGUGUCACUCUCCACACAAUUUGGAGAUGGUAUCGAAAAUUCAGAACUGGUGAUUUCAAUGUAGAAGAUCUUCCUCGCUCUGGUCGACCUCAAGAAUUUGAUGUAACACUUCUCAAGGACAUCAUGCACAAAAAUCCGCAAAUGACCGUUAAAGAACUCGCCGCCACUCUGCAUAAGUCCGCUUCCACAGUGCAAAUCUACCUGAAGAAGCUGGGUAAGAACAAGAUAAAUUCUGAUAAGGAUGUUAAAGUUAAAAGAGAUUCGUAUGCUGAUGAGACGAUGAAGGAUGACAGCAGAAUACAGGGAUUCAAAAGAGAAUUGGAAGCAGAUAAGAUUCUUGGCUCGGCAGAUGACAAUGGAAAGCUAAUGUAUUUAAUGCAAUGGAAAGGAACAGAUGCAGUUGACAUGGUAUCUGCCAGUGAAGCCAAUGCCAAGUGCCCCCAAAUUGUUAUCCGAUUUUAUGAGGAGAGAAUAACUUGGAAAAGAGCAAAAGUAAAACCAUAAUAGAUGAACUUCCUGGAAAAAGUCAAACUCCACAUUUUUUGAGAAAUUGACUUUUAUUGUGACCUUGUACGCGGUUAAAGUCUCAUUACAAAUGUUUUGAAUUUGAUUGAUCAUUAGAAGAAAGAAUUUUAUUAAUGGUUAAAGAAAAA